AACCUUUGAGCACGCCGGUAGGCCCUGGCCUUUCAAGGAGUUAAACUGCAGGCCUGUUAAAACCUUUAGGCUACAGUUUAAAACUGCAAGUCUUGAUUUUAAGAAACUGCACUCUUUCAAAUAUAAUUUCAACAUAAAAGCAAUAAAUCUGUCUGUCUAAGUUCAGAAAUACUGAUGUUUGUGAAUAGAAUCUUUAGACUAAUGACUAUACAUGUUCUCAAUGUGACCCUAUGUACAGUGAAAAUACCAGCAAACUAGAUGUGAAUUCUUGAGGAGGGGACAACAUGAAGACUUGUGACAAAUUCUGCCUUCUCAUUGGGCUGGUGAUCGUCGUCCGUUCAAUGCCAAUACCUCCACGUUCUAAUGAAGAUGAAUCCAUUGAAAUUAAACCUGAAGAUGAGGCUUUUGCACGGGCUUACCUGGAGAAAUACUACAAACCCCUACAGCCAGCUGCAUCUCCAUCCAGAAGAAGAAGGUCUGAUGACAUGAGCCAACAAUUAGCCCAGAUGCAAAGGUUUUUAGGACUCGAAGUGACGCACCAAGUAGACAGAAAGACACUGGACGUGAUGAGCAUGUCUCGCUGUGGCUUACCAGAUGUUACUCCGUUCUCCACGUAUGGUAAUAGAGUCAAAUGGCCGACGAACCAGCUGACGUACAGGUAAGAUCUCAGCUGACUUGUUGCAGAGCUCAGAAAAACCAUUAAGAGUCAACACACGAGCUUGACC